ACUAUAAAUAACAAUAAAAGGGGGAAAAUAUGAUUGUAUAUAUAAAAUAUUCUCAAAGAUUUGAGUGACAAUCUUGUUAUAGUUGUUGGAAUAAGAAAGCACGACAAAUUAAGGACAGUAUUAUAUGUUGGCAGUAUUGUGUAAGAUUCACUGAAAUAACAAAACCGACGUUUACUGUAAAGUGAAACUGAAACCUUCUUUACCUCACUAUAAAAACCUGUCAAGCUCUGUCGAGUUGAGAUCUGCUGUGUACUGUAUUCUUCUCCGGAGUCCUGAGAAAACACUAACGGACAGUUACAGCCAUGAAUUCCUUGAGCUCAUUACUCUCUGAUGAGCUGCUCCAGUGCCAGAUCUGUCUGGAGGUGCUCCUUGACCCAGUCACCACUUCAUGCGGACACAACUUCUGUAACAGCUGUAUCGAGGAAUGCUGGGAGAGAGAACAGCUCUUUCUGUGCCCACUCUGUAAGGAAGAGUUUGAAAGUAGACCAGAAUUAAAGAUAAAUGCAGCAUUUAAAAAGGUUGUUGACCGUUUUAAAGUGCAUCAACGGUCAAAGGUACUUCAACACCAAACAAAACUUUUUCAACAAAUUUUAUGUGACGUCUGCUCUGAAAACAAGCAAAGGGCAGUAAAGUCUUGUUUGCAUUGUGUAACAUCUUUCUGCGAGAUUCACCUUGACAAUCACAAAACUGCACCAAGGCUCAUAAGGCACAAACUGAUCAACCCCGUGGAGAACCUGGAAGAUUAUAUCUGCGGGAAACAUGAUAAACCACUGGAGAUGUUCUGCAGAGAUGAUCAGACCUGUCUAUGUCUGUUUUGCUCUGAAACUGUACAUAAGACUCAUAAUGCUGUUCCUAUAGAGGAAGAAAGUGGACACAGGAAGGUUCAACUGGAAAAGACACAGGCAGAAAUCAAGGUGAUGAUCCAGGACAGAAAUAAGAAGAUUAAUGAGAUAAAAAACUUAGUGGAGUCCAACAAGAACACCACAGAGAGAAAUAAAGCAAAUAAAGUUGAGCUGUUCGCUGAUCUGAUCCGCUCCAUUGAGAGAUGUCAGUCUGAGCUGCUGGAGGUGAUGGAGCAGAAGCAGAAAGCAGCAGAGAAACAGGCUGAAGAGCUCAUUAAAGAGUUAGAGCAGGAGAUCACUGAGCUGAAGAGGAAAGACACUGAGCUGGAGCAGCUCUCACACACUGAGGAUCACCUGCACCUCCUACAGGUUUACUCAUCUAUGUGCAGCCCUCCACAAGGCAAGACCUGGACGAACAUCAACAUUAACAUAGAUCUACUGAACACAGAAACUCUAGAGAAAGCCCUUACUUGCUUCAAGGACAAAGUCAACAAGGAACUGAAAAAAAUCCAUGAGAUCACUCAUCUUCCUGUUAUUCAAGGAUUCAACUUUAUUCAACCAACAUCACAACCUUCAGCCAAUAGGAUAUUUGUAUUUGGCAGCGCUAACACAGAUUCUGUUCCCUCAAGUCCUUUAAGGGUACCUAAAAGUUCUUUAGUGACUGAAAAAAAGAAUGAGACUGUGAAUUUGAGAACACAGAACACCCUGACAGAGAUUUCAAAAAUCAAAACAAGCAAAGUUCAGACAGAGGGCAAAAUCUACUUUACUCUGGGUAAAACAGACUGCAGCACUCCCUCAACGAAGAGAGUGGGAAUGAUUAAAGGACAAGUGAAGGUCUCACGCUUUGGUACGGGUACUUCUCCAUUAGCAGAUCUGAGCUCAAUACAGAAACUUUACGAAGUGUAUGUGAUUUUGGAUCCUAACACAGCUUACCCUAAACUCAUCCUGUCUAAAGACAGGAAAGAAGUGAGUUAUGGUGGAACCUGGACAGAUGUUCCCAAUAACCCUGAAAGAUUUGACUCCUCUGCCUGUGUCCUGGGAAAAGAUGGGUUUUCCUGUGGGAGGUUUUACUUUGAGGUCCAAGUCAGUGAUAAGACUGAAUGGGAUUUAGGUAUGGCUAGAGAGUCCAUUAGGAGAAAGGGGAAAAUAAGAGUGUGCCCAGAGGAUGGAUUUUGGUGUAUAUGUCUAAGGAAUGGCUGUGAAUAUAUGGCUAAUGAAUCUCGUCCUGUUUCCCUUUCCCUGAAAGACAAGCCCCAGAAGGUGGGGCUGUUUGUGGAUUAUGAGGAGGGUCUGGUCUCCUUCUACAAUGUGGAGACCAAGGCUCUUAUCUACUCCUUCACUGGUCUGUCUUUUACUGAGAAAAUCUAUCCAUUUUUCAGCCCUUGUAACAAAAGAGGUGAUAUGAACUCAAAGCCUCUGAUUAUUUCUACUGUUAAAGUCUAAUUAUCCUAUGUUCCUGUAGAAAAAAAUAAAACAACAUAUAAAGGCCAUUGUUUAGUGAACACACAAUUAUGAGUUCAUUUUUGAGGAAUUAGGCUUACUAUACUUUACUACUACAGAGCAAAAUCCCCAGAGUUAAAUCAACUCUGCUCAGGGUAUAUAUGGUCCCUCUCUAAAUAGUGUUAAAAUAACACUAAAGCAGAGUUAAAUUUAAUGAGAUAAUUAAGCAUUUCAUUAAGUAAUG